AUGGUUGAUGAUAAGAAGACCAACGACUACGCCAUCGAGAUGGACAAACUCGAUCAGGGCAACAAGGCCUUCGAGGCCGCACCUCCUCCAUUGAACCGGGCCGCAAGCUCUCCGUCCUCCUCUAUAUCCAACAAUCCCGCUUUUCCGAUUUUGGCAUACUGCGGUUCCUCGAUUCUCAUGACUGUGAUGAACAAGUAUGUGCUGUCGGGUCUGGACUUUAACCUCAACUUUUUGCUUCUGAUGGUCCAGUCCGUCGUGUGUAUUUUCGCAAUUCAGACGUGCAAGUCCAUGGGUCUCAUUACCUAUCGGGACUUUAGCUCCGACGAGGCCAAGAAAUGGUUCCCCAUCACUCUCCUUCUUAUCGGCAUGAUCUACACCGGCUCCAAGGCUCUUCAGUUCCUCUCCAUUCCGGUUUACACCAUCUUCAAGAACUUGACCAUCAUUCUCAUCGCCUAUGGUGAGGUCCUGUGGUUCGGUGGCUCCGUCUCCAACAUGUCCCUCUUCUCCUUCGGCUUGAUGGUUCUCAGCUCCAUCAUCGCCGCCUGGGCCGACAUCAAACACGCUGUUGAGAGCAGCGGCGACACCAGCAGCAAGGUCUCGGCCCUCAAUGCUGGAUACGUCUGGAUGAUAAUCAACUGCCUGUGCACCUCAUCCUAUAUCCUCAGCAUGCGCAAGCGCAUCAAGUUGACCAACUUCAAGGACUUUGACACCAUGUUCUAUAACAACUUGCUGUCCAUCCCGGUCUUGAUCGUUGCCACUCUCUUGGUUGAGGACUGGUCCGCCGCCAAUCUGGCUCGCAACUUCCCCGAGGCCAACCGCAACGGCAUCUUCUUCGCCAUGAUCGUCACCGGUGUCUCCUCCGUCUUCAUCUCCUACACCUCCGCCUGGUGCGUUCGUGUGACUUCUUCCACCACAUACUCGAUGGUGGGUUCUUUGAACAAGCUCCCCAUUGCCGUGUCCGGUCUCAUUUUCUUCGAUGCGCCCGUCACUUUCCCCAGUGUGUCGGCCAUCGUUGUUGGUUUUAUUUCCGGCGUUGUGUACACAGUGGCGAAGAUCAAGCAGAACGCCAAGCCCAAGACCGGCGUCCUCCCCACGGCCAACCCCUUGGUCAGCGCCAGCAGCCAAAGCAUGCGUGACUCGCUGCGCUCUUGA